GGAAAGCGCCGGCUGUUCCAACCUCAACGGCGGUGUGUGCGUGUCAUGUUUUUGGUUUCUUGUCAAAAAUGUCCCAAGCAGCCGCCGCCGGGUCCAAAGGGAAAAAAGGGGCCACCAGCGCGGCCCCAACCUCCAAAUUGAAUAAAAAUGCGGCGGUGAACAGCCUCAUUGUGUUCGUCGUAUUAUUGUUGGCGUGGGUCGCCGGAUUCGCAUCCCGUCUUUUCGCCGUCAUCCGAUUCGAGAGUAUCAUACACGAAUUCGAUCCCUGGUUCAACUAUCGGGCCACAGCGUAUAUGGUAAAACAUGGAUUCUACAACUUCCUCAAUUGGUUCGACGAGAGGGCAUGGUACCCCUUGGGAAGAAUCGUUGGGGGUACGGUGUAUCCCGGAUUGAUGAUCACCUCGGGGAGCAUACACUACAUCUUGCAUUUAUUGCAUAUUAAUAUACAUAUUAGGGACAUUUGUGUCUUUUUAGCACCAAUUUUUAGUGGUUUAACGGCGAUAUCGACGUACCUCCUGACCAGGGAGCUGUGGUCUUCGGGGGCAGGCCUGUUCGCCGCCUGUUUUAUCGCCAUAGUGCCCGGAUACAUCAGUCGUUCGGUGGCCGGUUCCUACGAUAACGAGGGAAUCGCCAUUUUCGCCUUACAAUUCACUUACUUCUUAUGGAUCAAGUCGGUGAAAACCGGAUCCGUUUUUUGGGCGGUCGCCACCGCUCUCUCUUACUUUUAUAUGGUGUCAGCAUGGGGCGGCUACGUAUUCAUUAUCAACCUCAUACCGCUCCACGUGUUCGUUCUGUUACUGAUGGGCAGAUACUCGAACAGAUUGUUCACCAGUUACACCGUUUUCUACAUUUUGGGUCUGAUAAUGUCCAUGCAGAUCCCGUUCGUCGGAUUCCAGCCCAUCAGAACUUCGGAACAUAUGGCAGCUGCCGGUGUUUUCGCUCUAUUAUUCGCCGUGGCCUUCCUAAAAUACCUCCAGUCGAGCAUGACCAAAUCGGAAUUUAAAUCGUUGGUGAUUUGGGGCGGUUUGGUGGCCGCCGGGGUGGUAUUCGCCACCGUGGUGGGGCUCACUUACGCCGGGUAUAUUGCCCCAUGGAGCGGAAGGUUUUACUCAUUGUGGGAUACUGGCUAUGCGAAAAUCCAUAUCCCGAUUAUCGCCUCCGUGUCGGAGCAUCAGCCGACCACGUGGUUUUCGUUUUUCUUCGAUUUGCACGUGCUCAUUCCCACUUUUCCCGCGGGAUUAUGGUACUGCAUUAAGCACGUUAACGACGAACGGGUUUUCGUGAUAUUAUACGCAUUGAGUGCCGUUUACUUCGCCGGAGUGAUGGUCCGUCUGAUGCUCACCCUCACCCCGGUGGUGUGCAUGCUGGGCGGCGUCGCCUUCUCCGUCAUCUUCGAGAUGUACUUGAAAGAGGAGGACGCCUCGGCCGCCUCCGCCACCGCCGACAACGAGGAAGAGGAGGGCGGCACCCACGGGGGCGGCAAACGGCUCUACGACAAGGCGGGCAAAGUGCCGAAGAUCAUCAAACACGAGUCGAAGGACCAGGACCCGAUCGGGCCGAACAUUAGGAGCAUCGCGGCGGUCGUUUUCGUCCUUUUACUGAUGCUGUUCGCGGUCCAUUGCACCUGGGUGACGAGUAACGCGUACUCGAGUCCCAGUAUCGUGCUGAGCAGUUACGGGAACGACGGCACCAGGCAGAUCCUGGACGAUUUUAGGGAGGCGUACUUCUGGUUGUCCCAGAAUACCGAGGACGAUGCCCGAGUUAUGAGUUGGUGGGAUUACGGUUACCAAAUAGCCGGGAUGGCGAACCGGACGACUUUAGUGGACAACAACACGUGGAAUAACAGUCACAUCGCUUUAGUGGGUAAAGCGAUGUCGUCGAACGAGAGCGCCGCGUACGACAUCAUGACCGCCCUGGACGUCGACUACGUGCUGGUGAUAUUCGGGGGGGUGAUCGGCUACUCCGGCGACGAUAUCAAUAAGUUUUUGUGGAUGGUGCGGAUCGCCGAGGGAGAGCAUCCCAAAGAUAUACGGGAAAGUGACUACUUCACGGAACAAGGCGAAUUCAGGGUGGACGCCGAAGGAUCUCCAACCCUUCUCAACUGUCUCAUGUACAAGCUGAGCUAUUACAGAUUCGGCGAUCUUAGAUUAGGAGACUACCGUUCGCCAUCAGGGUACGAUCGUACCAGGGGAGUAGUGAUUGGGAACAAAGAUAUUCACUUAACUUACUUGGAAGAGGCUUACACUAGUGAGCAUUGGCUAGUCAGGAUAUACAGGGUGAAAAAACCAGACGAAUUCAAUAGGCCAAGGAUACCAGUAGCGAAGAGAGUAGUAAAAACCCCAAAUUUCGUAUCGAAAAAGAGUACCAAACGCAAGAAGGGAACCAUCAAAAACAAACCGAUAGUGGUAAAAGGAAAAAGGCCCGCGACGAAAUCGCAAUAAAUGAGGAGAGAAACGAGAUAUAGUACAAUACAAAUUUAUUUUCUUGUUGUUUAGGUUAAUUUUAAAGUGCGAGUGUCCCCGCCAAAGAACUUUUUAACGUACCGAUUUCGUCGUCUUAUUUUUUUUUGUUGUUGCCGUUCAAACAGAAGCUUUUUAUUUGGUACACUGCAUUAGUUUAGUUAGUUAUUGUAUGAUAAAACUUCGUUUUCGUUUUUUUGGGAAUCACCACCAUGUGAUGUGAUAAAUAAAAAAAAAUUUUGCACUGGUUUAA